AUCUUUGGCUUUAUGCGCCACUGCCAUUGGCCACUGCGCAGUAAGCGAGCUCGUGACUAUUCAUUUACAGCUAGUUAGCCACUGUUAGCGUGCUAGCUAGGAAACUGUUAAGUUAGCUAUUUAUCUCACGUUAGUUAGCAGUUAGCGUAACGGUUUUUUUUUUACUGCGUUUAUAAAACUAUUCCAGAAGCCAGCUAAGGAGGAGAAACUUAACCUAGCUAAGGUAACAUGUCCAUGGACAACAGAAAGAGGCCAACGGCUUCCUCCAACUCUGGCAACUCAGUUUACUGGUCCUCCUCGUUCCCGCGGCAACCAGCCAGGGUCCUGAUCGUGGAGGCACUGCCACCGUGGUGGUCAGAGACCUGUACGGUGCUCUGUGAUGCUCUGGAGAACUUCCUGUCCCUGGCCUGUAGUCUGGACGGACCCUGUAGGAUACCACUGCUCAGUCUGUACGUCAUCAGCAGGCAGCAGGAAUGUCUACUGCCAUUUGUGCAGGUUCGUGGUAACCUGGCCAGGCUGCGUUCCUGUGUCGAGGAGCUGAGGACUAUUCCAGGUGAAGGUUGUAUCAGAGGAGCAGCCAGAGGAGGCGAGCUGCUGCGUCAGGCAGUGCUUGACAGUCUGCAGCAGUUUAAACAGUACAUCAGACAUAUCAGUACUGACAAGCAGGCCAGCAACAACAUAUCUGUGGAGGUUACUGUGGUGACCAGCCAACCAGGACGGGGAAUCGUUCGCCAGUUGGAGACGGGGCUCAAAGAUGCUGACCUGGUGUCACUGAAGCGUCUCCUGGUAGUGCAGAUCUAUAGUGCGGCAGACUGGGGACAGGAAAACCACUCACCUGAAGCCACACACACAGAGGCUGAAGACUCUCUGAUGUUGGGAACGGAGGUCGACCUGCAGCGGGUGGAAAAUAGCACGUUUGCCAUGGAGAUGGUGUUGAAGGCGUGGCUUCAAGAGCAGGGUGGAGACAGAGAGCACCUCCACCUCCUGCUGCCCAGCCCCCUGGACAAUCCCAUUCCAAUAUGCGUGAAGUGUGACAUGCAGGAGCGUCUGAUAAGCCCCGCCCUCAUCCCCCUUAACCCCAACCUGGGCAUGAAGACCGAGAGCGCCCGGGACUUCCUGCCUGUCACUAAGGGAUCAGCCAAUCAGAGCCAACCGCCACGGAAACUGAAAGCAAUCAAGACUCUGCGUGCAGAUGGAGUGUGUGAGAGUGUGUUGUACGGCCUGCCGCUGGUGAUCCGCCCCACCACCUGCUGGCAGCUGGACUGGGAUGAAAUGGAGACCAACCACAACUUGUUCCAUGCUCUCUGCAACACACUCAGGAGUCGUGACUUGUUCCUGCUGCUGCAGGUGGAGCCGGCACAGACGUCUACAGCUGGAGGCUCAGGUGUGUAUUCUCACUAUGUCCUCCAGCCGUCCCCGUCCCUCUGCCUCCUGCUGAAGCCUGUGGUCUCCAAAGAGUUGCUGCUGCCGUGCACUCUAUCUGUCGCCACUCAGGAACCUGCACCUGAUGCCAUGCACACUAUACAGGGUUGUCUCACUCAGUUGGAUGAGGAAUGUGUGUUCAACCCUCUGUCUCUGAGCAGUAACAUGUACCAGCACCUGAGGAGUAGAGGCCUGCUCUCACAGCCACGAUACCCAUACAGACUGCAGCCUGCUGCCCAGUCCCAACCACUGGAGGGCCUCAAAGGCACAGCCAGCAGGCAGCCGCGGCAGCCACAAAACCAGGGUCGCCAGCUGGGAAUGAACAGCAAGGUCAGGGCCACUGUGGCUCCCCUUCCCUCAUCCUCCUACCACUCCUCCUCUUCCUCCCUGGGACCUCCUCCUGCUAAGGCCUCACGUCCGGCUCUGAUGCUCCUCAGCAGCAGCAGCAGCAGCAGUGGCAGCCGCCGGGCCCUGGCCGCUGCUCCACAGUUGGAAGACAAUGAUGAUGGGGACUCCAUUGUGAUACAGUAAGAACACUGGGGGGUCGAGAGAGCAAUACAGUGACAGGGAGGUGACAAAGAGAGAGAGAGGCGGUGUAGUGCUUCCUCAGCAAGUCACACACACACACUUUGAAAUCCUUCAGCAUCCUGUCCUGCCACUUCAAAGGGCCUUCCAGUGUAAGCACACACACACAAACACACACACACACACACACACACACACACACACACACACAUUUGGCUAAUUGAUCCCCAUUGUAAAGGAGGUGAGUAAUCAGGCAUCUCAUAAAGGCUUUAAAGACUUUGUAAAGGAGGGAAAGACACACACUAAUUUGCACGUUAACACACACAACACACUCACACUGUUCUGCACUACUCUCUGGGUGGUUGCAGCUUCUUUGAUACUUCAAUUCAUCUCUAUUUAUUCUCAGAAUAAAUAGGAACCAUAUUACCUAGAUCUGAAUUUAACAAGCCUUGGUGUGUGAGUGUGAAUUAGUGUGUGUGUGUGUGUGUGUGUGUGUGUGUGUGUGUGUAAGGAAAGUUUCGACUCGCUGCCAUCUUUAGAUUGCUGAGGCAGCAAAACUUCCACAUCACACACUGUGAACAAUGAAAAAGCGGGAGAGAGCAACAUAAGACAUCUAGAAACAGGCAGAAACCGCUUACAAAAUAAUGAUUCAGGCACAAUAAAGCAUGCACACUGCAGCUAUAGUACUAUACUACAUACGGACUCAUAGACAAACACACAUAUGCACAUUCCAUUUCCAUUUAGCCCUUAAGUCCCGUCUGAACACAGCUUCACUGUUUUAAUGAGACACAGAAUAAAGCAGCACACAGACGGGCCUCUCUGCUCUCCUUCACCCCCACAGCGAGCCCUCUCUCUGGGGGUUGAAAGGCAGCGUGAGGGGGGGUGGAUGAAAGGAGGACAGAGACGAGAGAAAAAUGUUUGUUUUUUAAACUGCAGCAUGUUCUUUAAAAUUGACAUAAAAAAGGUAUGCAAAAGU